AUGUUGGCGUGUUAUACAGUGAGAUCCAAUAUUUCCCUCUCUUCUUCUCGGCGUACAACCACGAUAUACAAUGCCCUUUGUGUUCGAAAAACGUUCGCCGUAUCCCACGUUCCUUCCGUUUUAUCUUCAAGGAAAUUUUCCACAUCCCCUGGGCCUCAAAAGUCAUGGGUGGAUCGCUUACCUCAAAAAGUGCAACCAUACGUCCAUCUUACCCGCAUAGACAAACCAAUUGGGACGCUUCUUCUCUUCUAUCCAUGCGCGUGGUCUAUUACCAUGGCCUCUUAUGCGUUACAAACGCCAUAUACUGUGCCUUUGACUUACAUGAGUCUUUUCGGUCUUGGUGCACUCGUUAUGCGCGGCGCAGGCUGCACGAUCAAUGACAUGUGGGACAAAAACCUAGACAAAGCCGUAGACAGAACUAGAGACCGCCCUCUAGCUCGUGGUGACAUUACCCAAAAUCAAGCCCUUGUUUUUCUCGGAGGUCAGCUGGCAGCUGGGUUGGGAGUUUUGAUGCAAAUCAACUGGUAUAGGCAACCUCAUAUUUUCUACAGCAUCUUUCUCGGAGCAUCUUCCUUGUCGCUCGUGACUAUAUAUCCCCUUAUGAAGCGAAUAACGCAUUGGCCCCAGGCUGUCCUUGGCCUUGCUUUCAACUGGGGUGCCCUGCUAGGAUGGUCAGCAGUAGCUGGUUCUGCCGAUUGGAGUGUCUGUCUGCCUUUGUAUGCUGGCGGUGUAUGCUGGACUCUCGUCUACGAUAGCAUCUACGCUCACCAGGACAAAAAUGACGAUGUGCAUGCAGGUAUCCGCUCCACCGCAUUGCUGUUUGGGCCUCAAACCCGGCCCAUCCUUACAGGCCUUGCCGUUUCCUCUCUUUCUUUGAUUUCCUAUGCUGGCUAUCUCAACUCCCAAAGGGAGGCGUUUUACAUUGGCAUUGGCCUAGCUUCGCUCCAGCUUGCGCGCGUGAUUUAUCGCACCAAUUUCGAUGAUCGAUCUUCUUGUUGGAAUGGUUUUGUAGGAUCUGGAUGGGCUGGCUUUUGGAUCUGGAUGGGAGCACUAGGUGACUAUGGGAUGCUCAUGUCCUCGUGA